UUUAAAUUUUAAUAUAGCAAAAAAAUAAUAAAAAUAUGAAGUUAAUAGUUUUUUUAAUUAUUUUGAUUAUUGAGAGGUUACAUUGCCGGUCUGCAAAUGAUUUUUUGAAAGACGUAUUUUCAAUUGAAGAUGAUCUAAAAGAACAAAAAUGCUCAACAAUGCAAUGUCAAACGGCAGAAUAUCUGUUGAAGAGUAUAAAUAGAUCAGUAGAUCCAUGUGAGGAUUUCUACGAGUUUACGUGUGGUUUAUGGGUAAGAGAUCAUCAAGUUAAAGCCACUAAAGUGUCUUGGUAUCAAUAUAAAGAGGCAGAAAAGAGUAUAACACAUAAUUUAAAAGAAAUUUUGGAAGACAACAAUCCUGAUACAAUUUUAGAUCCAGCGCAAAAGUUCUAUAAAAGUUGUUUAAAUUCUGUUAGUAACGGAAUGAAUAUUGAAUAUUUGAAAUCGAUUGUCUCAUUAUUUGGUGGAUGGCCAAUCGGACAAAAUGACCACAGCGACAAGUUACAAUCUUUGGAUUGGAUUAAAAUGUAUAUUUAUAUGGAAAAAAACUGGAAAGUAUCAACAAUUUUAGACACUGGUAUAUCCAUUAAUUAUUUGAAUACCAGUCAAUACAUUUUAAUGAUAGGGCAGCCAGAUUUAAUGUUACCGAGAUCAAUGUUUAUGAACCCAGAUCGAUACAAGACUCAAAUAAACGCUUAUUCAAAACUUAUCGCUGGUACGGUAUUUUUGUUGCACGAAGAAUUUGGGUCUAAAUUCACUCGAAGCAGACAUUUCGGAGAUGAAAUCGCCGAUGAAAUAAUUAAAUUCGAAAUUCAAUUGGCCAAAAUACAAAGCACCGGAGAAAUAAGAAAAAGCGAAAAGGUAUUAAAGAAUCGAAUAAUGACAAUAGACGAACUUCAAAAAGAUUUGAACAAUGUAUCAGAUUCGUUUCAGGUUGAUUGGUUAAAAAUGUUUCGGCUUCUUUUUAAAGGAACUGAUGUACUUCUAAAAAAAACAGAACAAAUAUUUGUUAAAGAAGAGAACUAUCUAAAAGACUUAGUACGGUUAUUGGAAAAAACGCCAAAAAGAAUUUUAAUAAAUUAUAUGUCAUGGUGCCUUUUAAGAUCCAUGUUAUCUGAUAUCAAAGAAGAUUUGAAAAAUCUCGUUCAAGACUUUAAUGUGGUAUUCACUGGAGAUGUUAAAGAAGUUUCUAGGUGGGUGGAUUGCGUAUCAAUUACCAGUUCAUAUUUUGCAUUUAAUGUUGGUUAUAAAUACGUCACUAAGUAUUUCGACGAGUCUACGAAAGACAUGGCUACAGAAAUGGUUAAUAAUAUACAAGAAGCUUAUAUGGAACGAUUAGAGAACAUAGUGUGGAUGGAUUCGAUUACUAGGCAAUCCGCUAUCGAUAAAUUACAGUCAAUGCACAAAUUUAUUGCAUACCCUGAUUGGUUCCAUGACACUUCAUAUUUACACAAUAAACUAAAAAUCGUAAGCAUGUUAAACCAGUACACACAGGUAAAUAUGACAGACAGUUAUUUGAUGAACUUGGAGAUACUACAAAAUGAAUCAAACUUAAAAAAGCUUUCAAAAUUAAAUAGUUUUCAUAAUCAUACAGAAUGGACAACGGAUAUAGUUAGUGUAAAUGGAUACAACGAUAUUUACUCGAACGCAAUAGUUUUACCAGCUGGAAUGUUACAACUUCCAUUUUACCACAAAAGUCGAAUUCAGGCUUUAAAUUAUGGAAUGGUGGGUUUAGUCGUAGGACACGAAAUAAUGCAUGCAUUUGAUGAUUCCGGCAGAAUGUAUGAUAAACAUGGCAAUAGGCGACAAUGGUGGACUCAAGAAACACAGGAGACGUUUUCAAUAAAAGCCGAAUGUUUCGUCCAACAAUAUAAUAAUUAUAGUUUGAAUGUUCUUGGUAACGAAGUUAAGAUAAAUGGCCAAAUGACUCAAAAUGAAAAUAUUGCAGAUAUAGGUGGUUUAAGUCAUGCUUACAUGGCAUACCAAAAGUACGUAUCAAAACAUGGCGCAGAAAACCGGCUACCCGGAUUAGAGGAUCUGUCAGCUGAACAAUUAUUUUUCAUUGGAUUUGCUAGCAUAUGGUGUGAAUCGACAACUGAACAAACAUUAUUAAACGAUUUAUUGACGGACGUCCAUAGCCCAGGUAAAAUUCGAGUAUUAGGAACCUUAUCAAAUUCUAAUGAAUUUUCUAAAGCUUUUCGUUGUCCAAUUGGAUCUCCCAUGAAUCCAUUAAAAAAAUGUAAAAUUUUGUAAAAUAUUAAAAUAAAUAAUUGAACAAU